AUGCUGGCUUUGGAUUCGUCCAGACAGCAGCAGCAUCCCCCAUACUUCCAAUCCUACCCCAUGGAUCCUAGCACCUUUAUCGAUCCUCUUGCCUUCCAUGUGGACGAUCUAGGUUUCAGCCAGACCCACGACCCAUCCGGUGUACCGCAGUCCUCCAACUACGGUACGCCGCCUGUCUACUCGGAGUCUUACUCGGACUCCAAUAAAGCUGCCGGAUUUCCACCCAUGCCCGCCACUCCCCCGUCCCUGCCUUAUAUUCUGACCACUUCAUUCCUGGACUUUCUACUGCGUCUGGUCCCUCGGUUGCAAGCGCCUCCUCCUCCGCCAUCGGAUCGCCCAAUACGGACAACGAAUGGCUUGGGGCUUCCCGCUGCGGUCAUGAGUGACUUAUUCCCCAAUGAGUAUUUUGGCAACACACUGGACUCAGAGGGUUUCUAUCAACAAAAGUGCCCAGAAAGCUUUGUUGACCCGUCUGUUAUCCAGCCAAUGCUACAGCAACAUCCCAUCCACCCGCCCACCAUCUCAUUCCCGGAACAGCCUGAUUAUGUCGUAUCGCAAAGCGCGUUCCUUCCCCAGUCCCCUGACCCUUCCCACCUCCAUCCUUCGGAGAGCUACGGUGCGAACCAACCGUUCGCACAGCACCCCAAUGUUGUGCCGACCUCUUCCCCUUCCAUGGCUCCUGCCCUUCCCCAGUCAAGACCACCUUCCUCCUAUGACCGGAGGUCUUCAGUUUCGUCGGUUCAGUCCCAGCGCUCUCAUCCGAGCCCGGCUGCCAGUAUCGCAGAGUCCGACGAUGACACCAAAGAAAAGGGCCGAUGCCCUUUCCCGGAGUGCAGACGUGUCUUCAAGGACCUCAAGGCUCAUAUUCUGACACACCAGUCAGAGAGGCCCGAAAAAUGCCCCAUUGUCACCUGCGAAUACCAUAUCAAGGGGUUCGCACGCAAGUAUGACAAGAACCGUCAUACUCUUACUCACUACAAAGGAACGAUGGUUUGCGGUUUCUGCCCGGGGUCUGGGUCACCCGCGGAAAAGAGCUUUAACAGGGCGGACGUCUUCAAGCGCCACUUGACAUCUGUGCAUGGUGUCGAACAGACACCACCCAACUGCCGGAAGAGGAGCCCAGCUGCAGCGGCAAGCAAGGGAGCAUCUAACUACAGCCCCGAUGCGACCGGCAAGUGCUCAACUUGUUCCGUUACGUUCAGCAACGCCCAGGACUUCUACGAGCAUCUGGACGACUGUGUGCUUCGGGUUGUCCAACAGGAAGAGCCCAGCGAAGCCAUCAACCAGAAGCUGCUUUCCGAAGUCGAUGCGGAUGAGGAGGUGCAAAAGACGAUGGAGAAACACAACUUGAACGACACGGCUGGCACCGUCGACAUAUACAAUGACGAAUAUGAUGAUGACGAUGAUGACGCUUACGAAUAUUCGAACCUGCGCUCGGGCAAAGGCUCCCUGAAGAGCACCAAGGGAUCAGGGGCGGUGGCCCGUCCUAUCUUGGGCGUCAACAACGCUGUCACGAAGGGUUCGUCCAAUGCCAAUGCUAAGAUGCGUGCAACUACAUCCAAGCGACGAAACAACCGCGAUCGUUACCCCCAGUCCUGGGGUUGCCCUAGCAGCAGCAUCAAAACGAAGAAGCGUGUCCUCUGUGUCUUUGAUGGACAGCGCCGUCUGUGGAAGGACGAGAUGAUGCUCGACAAUGAGUUCGAAGUCCGCGUCAAGCUUCCGGGUGGUGCAGGGGAUGGCACUAACCGCGAGGCUUACGUGACUGACUUGGAUGUCGAGACACUGAAGCGUGCGGAGGGUGUUCUCAGUGCCAAUGACGAAGAACGCGGCCCUUGGGUCGACAAUCAGUCCACCCAGCUCAUUGGACAACCGGCUGUUUUGCUGCCUGAUACGUACCGGCCGCAUGACGCUGAGCCCAUGGAUAUGACCUACUAA